UGGGUAGUGUCCCCAAUGAUGGCCCAUUCAAUAACAUUAUUUUCUGCUGUAUUUUUUCUUUUCUUCAUUGCAUUCAGUCCAGUUGUGGAAUGCCAGAACUGCACAUAUUUUCGUAGUAGAGUUUCUACUUACACAUCAUAUCGGCAAUCAUAUUAUACUAGUCAGCAAAGAGACUACUAUUCAUGUGGGUUUUGGGGGCUGAGUAGAUGUACUAGAUAUUAUACUAGGUAUAACUACUACAGGCAGUCCUAUGUGUCAUAUAGAACAGUAUAUUAUUAUACCAGUGAUUGCUGCAGUGGAUAUGCAUUAGUCAAUGGACAAUGCAGAGCUCAAUGUUCUCAGGGCUGCAUUUAUGGGUAUUGUAGCAGCCCUGAUGUGUGUAGCUGUUAUUCUGGUUGGACUGGAUAUUCAUGUCAAACAGAUAUUAAUGAGUGUACUAAUGGCAAAGUUACAAUUGGAAUUGGCAGUGGAAGUCACUGGUGUGAGCAGCGAUGCAUUAACAGACCAGGAAGUUACUCAUGUGGUUGUCAUAAUGGAUACACAAUUCAUACAGACUAUCAAAGGUGUACAGAUGUUAAUGAAUGCCUUAAUAAUAAUGGUGGCUGCAAUCACACUUGUACUAACACUGUGGGGUCAUACAACUGCUCCUGCUAUGAUGGAUAUCAAUUAUUAGAGGAUCUCUCUUCCUGCAUGGAUAUUAAUGAGUGUACUAAUGGGCAUGUCUCAAUUGGUCUUCCACAAAUAAAUGGGAGUGGAAGUGGAUUAGAUCUAAUAGUACCAACGGAUCACUGGUGUGAGCAGUUAUGUAUUAACAGACCAGGAACUUACUCAUGUGGCUGUUAUGAUGGAUAUUUGAUAGAUACAGACAAUCAAACAUGUACAGAUAUUAAUGAAUGCCUUUAUGAUAAUGGUGGCUGCAAUCAUACUUGUACUAACACUGUGGGGUCAUAUAGCUGCUCCUGCUAUGAUGGAUAUCUUUUAUUAGACGAUAAAUCCUCCUGCAUAGAUCAUUGUGAAUGCUGUACUGGUGAUGAUGACUGCCAGCAUACGUGUCAUAAUACUAUUGGAAGCUAUUAUUGUACAUGCUUGUCAGGAUAUAGAGUUUCUGCAACUAAUUCAAGUGCAUGUGAAGAUAUUGAUGAAUGCAUGGAAGGUAGUUCAAAUUGUAGUCAGAUAUGUAUGAAUGAGAUAGGGGACUACAACUGUUCAUGUUUAAAUGGAUACAUUUUACUUUAUGAUGAUUAUACAUGUGAAGAUGUUGAUGAAUGUGAGGACGGCAAUGGAGGAUGUGAAGUGUACUGUACCAAUACUAAUGGUUCAUAUUACUGUAGCUGUGAUGAAGGCUACUAUGUUAGCUAUAACCAUUCAUGUGAAGAUGUUGAUGAGUGCGCUGAUGAGAUAUCUGGAUGUUCUCAAAUUUGUAUCAAUACUAAUGGUAGUUAUACAUGUACUUGUGAUGAUGGUUAUCAGCUCAGUAAUGAUAAUCACACUUGUACUGAUAUUGAUGAGUGUACUAUUACUGAUAAUGGAGGAUGUGAACAAAUAUGUAUUAAUACUAAUGGAAGUUUUGCUUGUUCUUGUACAUCAGGAUACCAACUAUUAUUGGAUAAAUUUUGUACUGAUAUAAAUGAAUGUACUAUGUAUAACGGUGGAUGUGAACAAUACUGUCAUAACAAUGUUGGAAGUUACAGUUGUUCCUGUAACAAUGGCUUUAAUUUAAAUACUGAUAAUCAUCAUAAUUGUACAGAUAUUAAUGAAUGUAGCACUAAUAAUGGAGACUGUGAACAAGAGUGCUUAAACACUAUCGGAAGCUUUUACUGUGCUUGUACCUCUGGAUACAACUUAAUGUCAGGAAAAUAUUGCUCUGAUAUCAAUGAGUGCUUAACUAGUAAUGGGGGAUGUGAGCAAAAUUGUCAUAACAAUGCUGGAAGUUAUAACUGCUCCUGUAAUACAGGCUUUACUAUAGACUCUAAUGGGCACAGUUGCACUG